AUCCACUUCCAUCCAGAAAGCUUCAAGCUUGUUCAUAAUUGUCGUGAGUUCAAGCUUUUUUUGCCAAGGGCGCCAGUGCUUCGGGUACCAGAUCCAUCUUGAGAGCUUCAAUCACAGUUCGUGCCUUGUGUCGUCCAAGCCUACAGCCGCGUUUUACUAUGUUCAAGCCUGACACCGGGGAGGGGAGAGUCGACUUCCGAAGUAAAGAUCUAGCAGAUUCAGCAAACGGACCAAGAACUUAUCGAGGCGGCUGGCUGUGACUUCCGUUCCACAUGUCCCACGGACGACAAUUCUGCAGGAUGUUGUCGGAGUGCCCGAGCUAUCCUCGACGUCUUGUUCUAUUAUUAUUAAAGACCACUACGACGUUGGAUGGCUUGCAUAUCGAAUGAAACUCGUUAUGUAUACCUGUGACAGAGGAAAAGGCUGCAAAACCUCGAGGCUCGACAGACGAUCACUUCUCGAUGCGUGGAUGUUGAUCUCUAGAGAUUUGCAGGAGAGAGUUGCACAGCCUUCAACCUGGAUACAGCACUCAAGUUCAAGGUCUGCGCUUGCAGUGGAAAAAACAUGAAACAGAAGCAGGUAAAUCUUGAACAUCCCGUUAAUCUGUUCCUCUCUGGAUCAAUGACCGGGGCCACACCAAUCUUCAAACCUUGAAUCAUCGGCCUUUAUGCGUCCAAGGUGCUCCAAUACCAGGUACCCGCACCGGUCCGAUCACCACUACAACUCCACCAAGGAACUUGCCCGGUCCAUCUUGUGAAAGGAACACGGGAAGGGAUGAACAAUGCGCUUACCAAACAAUCUGAACGGCUCCGGCUGGCAAUUCGACGUCUGUGGUGACACGGCUGCUUUUUAUGUGCUCGUUCCCCCCUCCUCGUUUCACUCCAGUUGCUCUAUCCUUCAAGAGCACCUUCCACUCUCAACAACAUUUCCGUGCUUGAAACGGUUUCCCCUCGUUCUGUACACAGGCUGUUUGCCCUAUCCCCUCGUUCGGUAUUGAUCGCACACAUCAAGUUCUUCUAUUUCUGAUUAUUUCAGUUCUGUUUCACUUUGUUUACUUGGUCAAUCUUUAUCAAGCCCAUUUUGGACUUUCUUGCUGGGCCUUCUAUCACCUCUCUUCAUACAUAGACUGCCCGAUAAUUAUUAUCGACGCGACAUCUGAACGACUGCCGUAUUUUCGCUUACACAUCGCAAUACGCGAGAAAGUGUUGACGACACCAAAAUGAAGUCUAUCAGCUUGAUGUCGGCGUUGGCGUCCAUCGCUAGCCUCAGUGCAGCGACCCCGACGCCAACCGAGCGGGAGCAACCACACAAGCGGGCUGAUCUCCCUGCUAUCACAGUCUCCGGAAAUGCCUUCUGGAAGGGCAAGGAGCGCUUCUAUAUCAGAGGAAUCGACUACCAGCCGGGAGGAUCGUCCGGCAUGACGGAUCCCUUGGCCGAUCUCGACAUGUGCAAGCGCGACGUUGCCGAGUUCAAGAAGCUGGGAGUCAACACCAUCCGUGUCUACAUGGUGGACAACUCCAAGAAGCACGACGAUUGCAUGAACCUCUUGGCCGAUGCCGGAAUUUAUGUCGUUAUUGACGCCAACACCCCCCUUUACUCGCUUAACCGUUACGACCCCCAUCAGUCCUACAAUGACAAAUACCUCCAGAGCGUUUUCGCCACAAUCGACGCUUUUGCCAAGUACGACAACACCCUUGCCUUCUUCUCGGGCAACGAGGUCAUCAACGAUGUGGUCAACAGCACCCUGGCAGCCAAAUAUGUCAAGGCCACCACUCGUGAUAUGCGCCAGUAUAUUGGCAACCGUGGCUACAGAAAGAUUCCUGUUGGGUACUCGGCUGCGGAUGUCUCUCAGAACCGCAUGCAGCUCGCCAGCUACAUGAACUGCGGAACUGACGACGAGAGAAGCGACUUCUUCGCCUUUAACGAUUAUUCCUGGUGCAGCUCGAACUUCGUGGACUCCGGCUGGGACCAAAAGGUGAAGAUGUUCACCGGUUAUGGCAUCCCCAUCUUCCUUUCUGAGUAUGGCUGCAUCACUCACACCCGCGACUUCGCCGAAAUUGGGGCUCUUAUGAGCGACAAGAUGACCAGUGUCUACUCGGGAGGUCUUAUGUACGAGUAUGCGGUGGAGGAGAACGGAUACGGAAUUGCCAAGCUCGGCCCUGGAAGCAAGGUUGAGGAGAAGCCUGAAUUUGCCAACUUCGCCAAGGCCAUGAGCAAGUACCCGGUUCCCACGGGUGAUGGCGGCUUCACCUCGACUACCAAGGCCGCUGCUUGCCCCACCAAGGACUCCAACUGGCUCGUUGACUCUACUCUGCUCCCCGCUAUCCCCGACGGUGCCAAGAAGUUCAUGAAGGACGGCGCUGGCACUGGUCCGGGUCUGAAUGGUGAGGGCUCUCAGCAGGCCCAGGGUACCAGCACUGGCGACGCGGAACCGGGUUCUGGAUCUCCCACAAACACUGCUUCUCCCUCCGGCAGCGUCGAGAGCCAGAAGAAGUCCGGAAGCACCCGCGGUAUCGGCUCCGUUGACAAGGCUCCUUUCGUCGUCACCGGAUUGGUCAUGUUCUUCACCUUGACCGGCACCCUUCUUCUCUAGGUCAAGGAACGAUGUAGUUUGGCGUUUGCUGGAUCUACAAGUUAAUGAUGAGGUGUUGAAAGCUGUCGUCCAGCUGGAUUUUGCAGCGCAAUGUAUAGCAUAGAAUAAUGUUUUUUUUUCUUUUUUUUUACUCUUAUUCUUCUUUACUAAGAACGUGACAAACAUAAUCCAUGGAGACACAAUGUCUCCGAGUUUGGAUUUUAUUGAAAAUACCUACAUCAGGAAGUUGUUCUUGAGGUUUUCUUUUCCUUGGGAUAUUCUGCCGACCUGCUGAUUAAAUCGACCAAGGCUUGCUUGUUGAGUGUCCACUUCUAUUGCCAAACACCCUAGUUCCUUUUGUUUUGCAACUGAACAAUGGUAGGAUGGUAUAUAUAUAACUCACCUUCCUCUUUCG